AUGUCUGUGACAAAUUCAAUCCACCAACUAUCAGAAGCCAAGCAACAGAUUUACUACCAAAUUACUGCACUGGUUCAGUUGAGAAUUGAUCAAAACAAUCAUCAACAAGGUGAACCUACUACCCAUAUGGACUCUAAAAAAGUCACCAAAGAUUUUCAAUUCCGAGAACAAGUCAAAGCGUUUGCGUACAGAUUGGCUACCAAGGCAGUUCUGGCUGCGUUGUGUAUCUUUUUAGCUUUUACAUGUUCAUGGGCGAUCACUUUGACAUUUUCUCUCCAUCCGGUGGUGUGUUUUGUGAUCUCUUUUUUGUUGAGCAUGAGUGUGAGUGUGUUCAUGUCUCAUCUGGAGAAACUUCAUGAAAACGAGGAACAGACUUUGCUUUCUACGGUAUUUAAUUGGUGUGUUGGGAGUGCUGAACAUUUGGAUGUAAUAGUUGAGAAUUUUCCUGAAGUAAAAUGUCCACUCACUUUACAACCCAUUCGAAAACCAGGUUUGUUAUUUGGACACCAUUACGAAUAUAAGACGAUAAAACAACAAGUCGAAUUGAAUGGAACAUGUCCUCUUACAAGAAAAGAAUGCACCGUAAAUGACAUUCAAACCGAUUCAGAUUUCGAAGAAUUGUUGAACAAGUUUUACAAGAGUGAUCUCUAA